AUGUUCAAAAAUUUGUUAUUCCAGUUAAUUGAAUAUAGGAAGAACAAAUUAUUUGUCUUAUUCAGGCAUAAAUGGAUUUUUUUUUUUUCUACAAAAAAUAAAAAUGAUGUAAUUAGCCGUGCGCGUAGUCCAAAACAAAGAAAUAGGGAAACCACCAAACGAGUAUGCAUAAAUAUCUUAGAGCGAUUACCUGGGUAUAAUCACCCCUGUGUUAUGGUUAGAGCAGAUAAAAAAUACAAAAUUGCGAAUGUUACUUCACGUCUUAUUAGUAGCAGUAGAAGUUUUGUAACGGCACAAUACCAACACAUAGAAUAUAAUAAAAAGUUUACCUUUCAAAAUGAAGAUAAUGUAGAAGGAAAAAAAGGAUUACACUCAUAUGAGACGACUGAAAGGAGUUCAUUAGAAAAAAUUCUUGAUGAAACCAAUUCAAUGAUAUACAUAAACGAAAUAUGUUUACAAAUGGAUAAGAAAAUACUGAAAUGUCAAACGUAUGAAGAUGUACUAUCUAUUCUUAUUACUCAUAGGGGGGCUUUAUUUUUACAAAAUUUAAUAACAGCUAUACGUAUGCUAGCUGGGCUUGUUGUUGAAGAGAAAAAAGGAAGAAUAGAACAUGAUGAAUUGAGUAAGUCUACCAUUAAUAAUAAAUAUACAUAUUUUGUUAAACCAGAAGAAGAGGAACAUACAGUAGAUGACAACGUUAAUAGAAAAAUAAAUCCAGAAAUCAGUUCUAGUAAUAGUAGCGGUUCAUUAACACACAGUAACAAGAGUAACCUGUACAAAGAAAUGAAUGAAUCAGGUAUGGACAAAAUAGAAAAUAAUUUAAUAAAAAGAUAUGAACAUAUAUUUGAUAUAUUAAAUAAUAAACAAUUAUUAGAAAAUGAAAAUAAAUUUCAACAAAAUAAAAAAAUGGAAGAAAUUAUUGUGCUAGAUGAAAGGUUUGCAGUACUAAUUGAUGAUAUUUAUAAAAACAGAAAACAUUUUGAUGUUGUAUCUAUUUGCCAUAUCUUGAUAUCACUUAAAGAAUUAAAUUAUAAACAUUUCCUUUUGUUUAAUUCGUUUGUUAACCCUUUAAAAAAAUUUGAUAUUUAUAUUAAAGAACAAUUUAAGAGUUGCCAUAAAAUUUCUUACAUCACUUCUGUUAUUCAGUUGUUACUGCAAUGUUUUAAUACAUAUAUAUGGGCUGGUUAUUAUAGCCUAGAUAUAUAUAAUAAGUUAAUAAACUCCAUUUUGUUGAAUAACUUUAUUCCUAUGAAUGAACGGUCCAUAUAUGAGCAACACCAAGAGCAGCUAAGUAGUUAUACAUAUAUGAAUUACAAGUAUGAUAUGAAUUAUCCUAUAUGUAUAGAAGAUAUAUUGGCAUUUUUUAACAUAAAUAGGAAUUUACAUUCAUUAGAGUUCAUAUCAACAAGCCGUUACUUAUCCACACCCAUGAAAAGGAUGAUAUUGCAUGGGAAAGGGAUAAAUUAUGAUGGCAGUAAGGACUGUGAUAAUAAUGACCGUUACAAUAAUAAAGACAAUUCUCAGUGGGUAAAAUAUUGCAAUAAAAAAAUGUUAGAUGAAAAAUGUUCGCAGCAGAAAAAUAGCCAAGUGCGACAGGAAGAUGUAGAGGUAGAACUAGAAGUAGAAGAAAGAAGCAGUUUGUCUGAAAAGUCAAACCAAAUGGACGUAAAAGAAGGAAGAAGUUACCCAAAAUAUUUUAACGAAAAUACACAAAGUGUCAGGGGAAAAGAGAAUAACAUGACUUGGUAUUGUUCCCCUAUUUUUUUAAACAUUGAAUUAUUCAUUAAAAGCUUGGAAAUAUAUAAAAACAUUUAUGUGUAUAAUUUCGAAUUUUUCAAAACAUCUGAAAAGGUUGUUUAUUACUAUACCCAGUAUUUAUGUCCAUCCAACUUGAGCUUAAUAGCUGAUGCUUUUUCAAAGCAUCGGAUUUUUGCAUUGGAACAUGACAGAAUAUUUUUCCAUAUAUCUAAAAUAGUAGAGAACAAUUUUGAAAAAUUUUCGUAUGAACAUAUUUACCUAAUUUUAAGAUCAUUCAAAAGGAUGAAUUUAUUUUUUGAAAAAUGCCUUAUUUUAAGUGCGGAAAAAUUUAGACCCUAUUUUCAUUAUUUAUACAUACAUAGAAAGGAAGCAAUUUUACCAUUAAGAGAUAUUUCUGUUUUAUUGGAGUGCUUAUCUUUUUUUAACUUCACUCAUAAAUCAAUUAAUGAGUGCAUAAUAGAAUCAUUAAACUAUUUAGAGGAUUAUAUUGAUGACAUCGAUGAAGAAACUUCAAUUAAUAUAUCAUAUGCAUUGGUAUUAUCAAAUUUAUAUCAUAUAAAUACAUAUUUCUUUUCAUUUGUAUGGAGAAAAAUAGGAAAAACUACUUAUUGGGAAAAAAGAAAAAAACAAGUUUGCAUGUUGUGGCUAUCUCAUAUGAUACAAUUUAAAUGGAUGGAAUAUGAUUUACCCAAAUUCUGUGUUUUAGAAUGUGUAAAAGUUUUUUUUUUAAAUAGAAAGGAAAAUAUGUACUCCUUCUCAAAAAUUAUAUCAUCUGUUUCUAAAAUAUUAGAUGAAUUACAAAUUGAUCACCAUGUUUCAGUUGAUACCUAUAACCCAUACAUUUUAGACAUUUUGAUAAAAAAUAAAAGACAAGUUCUUAUGUUAACUCAAGAUACUACUAGGAAUGAAAUAAAUAGGGAACUAGGAGACUCAAAAAUUGUAUUGAACCACUUAAAAUUAUAUGGAUACAAUGUGAGAAGUAUAAAUAUCAAAUAUUUUGAUUCUUUAACUUACACGGACAAGCAACAGUACAUAAAAAAAAUUCUCAUGUCCUUUUAG